UAUUUGCCAACUGAUAUGAAGAUUUAUGGGUUUACGUAAAUAGGCAUCCUUUAUGUUACAGUGGAAUUUAUCCGUUAUUUCACUUCGUCUUAACACCAAAAUGGACACGAAUUUAAGGUUGUAAUUUUGAGGUGGACCAGAGAGUCAUGCCAUGGCGUGUACUUGUCUCGAAGAGAUGGGGAUGUUUUCCAGAAGCCACAAGGAGUUGGGGAUAAUGGAGGACGAAGAAGAAGGGGCAUGUUCAUGUUGUAAAGAGUUCCUUAGAUUCAUUGUUCUAUUUCUUCAAGCAGUAGUUUUGAUUGGGGCAAUAUCAUGUCUGGCUAUUGGAAUCUAUACCCAUGAAGUUGAGUAUGGUAGUAGGCAAUUGUCUUCUUUAAUAGGAGUGUCUAUGUAUCGUGCUGAUUCUGUGAUGAUGAUUGGGGGAGGAGCAGCAAUCAUUGCCAUAACUUUGUUAGGAUUUAUUGGAGCUUACAGACAACAUAAAUGUAUGGUUGGGAUGUAUCUCUGUAUAUUUGUCUUCUUGGCUCUAAUGGUAUUUGCUGCAGGUAUACUUGGAUAUAUAUUUAUUGCACAGUUAGAAGACAAUGUUAGAAAAUCAAUGGAAGAAAGUUUAAAGAAACAUUAUGGAGUGGUAGUAGAUAAGAAAAGAAAGAACGAAGAUAUAACAAAAUCCUGGGACUCAAUCCAACAAAGUUUUCAAUGUUGUGGAGCUUAUGGUAGUGAGAACUCAUCACAUUCCUGGGCUCUUUAUCAGCAAGAGACCUUUUGGUUUAUUGAUAAAUACUCCAAUGGAAGUUUGGUACCAGAAAGCUGCUGUCUUAAAAAAUCACCUAUUGAUCAACACCAGCUUGACUUGUGUACAGGGAAAAUUCAGUCUGAUUCCAACUGGCCACCAACAAAAUUGCCACCUGUGCUAGAGACACCUCUGAAUUACACUCUCUAUACUGUUGGUUGUUAUGACAAGCUGCAUGAUUAUCUUAUAAUGAAUGGUAUAAUGAUUGGGACAGCAGCUAUAGUUGUGGGUGUUUUUAUGAUUGUUUUGCUGACAUUCGGGAUAAUAUUUUACAGGAACAUGAACUCCUCUUGACAUUUUUGUUGUUCUUAUGUCUGUGAUAUGUAGUCUAGUCUAGAAGUACUUAAUCAAGAUAAGCACACUUAGUAUGGUAAAGGAUUGUUUUAUUUCUAACAGAAUCCCCAAAGUGUUUUAUUAUGUUACUGUUUUCUAUAUAUGAAUAAGGAAGAAUAAAAAAGGGGUUUUUAUGACUUAUCUACAAUAUUUAUUAGUGACAUUUGAUAUGAAAUUGAAAUAUUUGAAUUAGAUUUUAGUUACAUUUAGGAUUUUUUCUCUAUUUAAAUUUUCUUUUAUAUGAAAUUCUUAGUACCUGUUGAAUUUGAUUGUUUUUUAGGUAAAGAAAAUGCAUAUGGUUCUUACAGUUUUCAUUUUGUAAAUGUUAAUAACUAACGUUCUAUAACUCUUAGAUAUCUUGCAAAAUUAAUUUUUCAUGUUAAGUGACAUGAAUUUAAAAAAAAAUAUAUAUGGUCAGAUCAUAUGUUUUCGUACGUCAUAUGAAUUUGUACUAUGCAUGCUUUUUCAAUGGAUAUUGUGAUGUCACAAUGCAUUCUUAAUAGCACGAAAACCCACGAAACGAGGAUAAAAUCUUAUUCAAAAUUACGUAUUGAGAAAUUUGUGAAAGCUAAAUUUUUGAGCAUUCAUGGUCUUAUAUUGUAAUCUUUAAAAAAAAUAAGUAAAAAUAUGAAUGGUGUGUUUUGGUGUACUUUGUAACUAUAAAGGAGUAGGGGCAUAAUUAGAGCCCUUAUUUGGCCUAAAAUAUGAUGCAAGUAAAAUAUAAACAAAUUACCAUACAAGAUUACAGUUCUGUUAAAACAAUUUUAAGUAAAGUGGUAUUCGAGAAACUAAAUAAAUUUCCCAUGUGUAACCAUGACAAGGAAUGUCAAAAUUGAGUAUUUUGAAUGUUUCCAUUAUUUUCUCGUUUUUCAUAAAAAUUUCCAUUCAUAGAUAUAGAAAAGGAAAAGUAUUAGAGCACCCAAGAAACAACUUCAUACUUGUGUAAUAAGGGAUGAUACAUUUUCUAAAAAAAAAAUGUUGUCACUUGUUAAAUGUGCUCCAAGUCUCCUGAAAGCAAAUAUACAAGGACACUCUAUAACAAGUAGCUUUUUCUGCUUUUUCUGUAAUUUUAAAACUAAUAGCAAGGUAUAUUAUGACAGCAUUGUGACAUCAUAAGAGUGAAAAUUAGAUUAUUUUUUUUAUUUCAUAACCCCCAUAUACUUCUCUUUGUUCUUUUGAAGUUAUUUACAAAACAUUCAUGUUUUUGGCCCAAUAAUGAGCCUUAAUCUUCUACUUGUCUUUAAUCUUGGUUAUUUAAAUUUAUAUUUGACAUUCCAUACAAUUACUAUGUAAAUAGGCAAAGUUUUAUUUUACUAUUGUUGUUUGUUUACUAAAACAAUUCAGGGAUGGAAAAAAGUACAAGUAUUUUGUUAAACAGUGUUAUGAAUUUACACUUCUUGUAUGAGAUUAUUUUUAUGAUGGAAUGAAUUAGUAUAUAUAUUUGUACUAACAAAAGAUUGGUUUGUUAUCUAUGACAAGAGAAUGAAACUAUGCAGAAUAAGAAAUAAGAUUAAUAAUUGUAGUAAUAACUAGGCAUUGCAUAACAAGUAGGCGCCUUUAGCAUAAGUAUUAUUACAAAAGGAAAGCUUAUUUUAUCUAAAAUAUUGGAGCAGAAAUAGAGUUUUAGAAAAAAACUUCAUAUUUAAAAAAAAUCAAUAAAGCAAGUUCCCUGAAAAAAACUGACUUUUUAUGGAGCGGUUUCUGUGACUUUUCAUCGUAAUUUUGCUAUUUAAGCUCACAUCAUUCACAAUGGUUUAAUUAUCACUUGCUGCUUUUGUUUAUAGUUUUGCAUGAAAAAAUAUUUUUGAUGACCAUUUUUGGCAAGCAUUUUAAUAGUUUAAAAGCUUAAUUGAGCUUUUAAAGUAGCUUUAUGGAAAAUGUACAUACAUUUAAGCAACUACUAGUGAAGCUUUAUUAAAUGAUAUAAGUCUAAUCGUUGCAUUCUCUUUUCAUUGAAAAAUGAAUAAUACAAACAGUUUAAAGCUGUUGAAAGACAUUAACAAGUUUUACAUAUCAGUCUCGUUUUAGUCAUGCUUGAUAUAAUGGUGAUUUCAAUAUGUCUGUGUCUCCCGUUUGAUACACUUAAAUUAAUUGUCUUGAUAACUGAAAUGACUUAGUAUUAUUAUAUUACUUGUUUGACCACUACACAAAUGAUUGUAAACAUUUAAUAUUUGGAAAGUAAUAUUUCGGGAAAUAAGACACAAUUUAUUCUCCAUAGAUAUGUUAAGUACCUUGACAAAAUAUCUUUAUAUAUUUUCCCUCAGAAUAUCCUUGACUUUUUUUUAAAGUUAGAGACUGUAAAUGACAAUUAUCCAAGAUAAAACUGUUGUUAUAUCAUGUAUAGAUAUUGUAAAUAUAUGACUAGUAUUAUAGAUUAUGGUUUUGAAAACAAGAGGAAAAGGCUCAACUACAAUCUUAAUGAAAAGGCAAUUUCCCCGAGAUGAGAUGUAACUGAGAAACUUUCUCGAGUUAAAAGACCAUAGAUAAUCUGUUUAUCCCUAUUUUCCUAGGCAGAGUCAAUGAUGUAAAUAAUCACACAAAAAUAAUAACAAUUAAAAAUGAAGUAUGGAUGAUUGAAAAUAUUAUGACGGUAAUCAAAUAUGUAUGUAUGAAAGAAUAUAGCAGUGCUAUAGUAUCAAUUGAAACUUAAAUGAAAAAAAUGAUGAAUGGUUUUCAUUGAAAGCAGGUUCUUUCAAUUGCUCAAGAAUAAAGAGGCGAGUCGCUUUAUGAGACAUGUUUGAAGAAAAUAUUAUGCAUUCCAGAAUAUUAAUAACAUAUCUAUUUGAUAUAAACAUAUCAAAGAUAAAUUAUAUUUGCAGACUUUGUACAUAUUUUUACUAUUUUUAGAAACUUUGAUUAUUUUACUGCUAAGUAUUAAAAUUUUGAAUGAAAUGAAUUUCUUCAUUCUUAUCCCCUUACAACUCUUAAAGCAAUCCGUUUUUGAUUUACCAUUAAUGCAUGUUGUAGCCACGAGGAAUCUUUAAGGGUAUCAGAAAAAUUUCUUCCGUUCAAUUCUAUGAAACAUUUGAGUAAAAUAAUUGGAACUUGUUUUUGUGACCUUAUUAUAAAUUUAUUUUCAAGCUUUGUGAGUUGGAGCUGUUGUCACUUCUGUGCAUAGACUAUGUUGCCAGUCUAAAAAUCAUGAAGACCAACACUAAGAAACAUUAUUAAUAUCAAACCACAUGGGAAAUUAAUAUAUAACACAGCCAGUUUUGUCUUUAAGACAGCUCUACAGAUAAAACAUAUUUUGUUUGUAAUUAGAAAAUGGGUUAGAAUUAACAAUUUGAUAAUGUUUCAAAAUCCAAAAUACCUUUUACUGUUACAUGGUAACAUAAACUGAUAGUCCAAACAUAAAAUGAGCUUAAGGGAAAAUUUAAAUUUCAAAUUUAUAAUUUUGGUGCCAAUUUGAAAUACAAAUGGUCUCUUUUGAAGACCAUAAGUUAACUUUGGUAUUAUUUUUCCCUUCAAAACCAUUUCUGAAAUUCAAUUAUAUUGGAGAUAGGUGAUCAUACCUAAGUUCUAUAGAAGGUCAAAGAUUUAAGUGUGACAUUGUUUUCCACUUGUCAGACUAUGAUUGUUUUAUUAUGUUAUAUUUGUAUGAUGAUUAUUUACAACAUGUUUGUUUUUGUUGUGGAUUAUUAAUAUGUGUAUUGAUUUUCAUGUCAGAAUAUGUACAUAAGGUUAGCCUAUUCAGAGUGUGAUAUUUUUUCUUAUGUUUUUAAUUAAAAAGUUAAAAUGUUUAUCUUUUUUAAUCACUAAAAACAAUUAUUGACAUCAUAUAGCCUGAUAAUACUCAGUGGUUAUAUUUAAGAAUACAAUAAUUAAAUUUUCCUUAAUGUGUUGAUAAAAAUUGUCCAUUGAUCCCAUUAAUUGGUCUGAAUAUGCAUGAAAUAAUUGCCUCUGGAGGUUAAGCAAGCAACAAACAAUCAAUAAAUUGACCCAAAUCUUCAACAGAAAAGGAAUAAAAGUUUAAAGUUCAGAUCAUUCAGACUAUAAGCGUGAUCAAGUGUCAGCUCUGUAUAACAAUAUAUAGCUCUAGCUCUAGCUCUGAUAAAUAUACUCUUUAAAUACAACAAACAUUAUUUCUUAUAAAGAUUGUCUGCAGUCUAUUCAACUUAUAUAUUAGACAUUUUGUUUAAGAAUAUAAUUAAUUAUGUUAUAACUGAAGUUUUUAAAUCAUAAAAUGUCUUGUAAUAUAGUGAUAUUGUAGGUUAGGGAAACCUCAGUAUUUUUAUUCAUUUAUAAAUAUCAAAUUUUCUAUUCAUAAUAUGUUUAAAGUAACUUAUAUGAUGUUGAUGAAUAAACAGGCUUCUGUUAAUAUAAGAGAAUCUAAUAUUUAUUAUGAUAAAAAUAUAUAUAACAUGCAAAAGUAACUUCAAUGGUCAAUUAGUUAAAGAAGGCUGAAUGAUUUGAAAUAGCAAGGCCAGUAAAAGACUAUUUGUAAAUUUUGUAUAGUAUAUGUAAAUGCUUUAAUAUCUUAGUACUUAUAUUUAAAACUGUUUUCUGUGUUCGUUUUUUUCUAAAGAAAAAACCUGUUGUUUGACAUUAGUGUGGAUGUUAUUUAAGAAAUAAAUUCAUAUUUGAAAAACAAGAACAUUUCAAAAUUUAGCCUGCAGAACUCUUUUACGGGUAAUAAAAAAAUCAUUAAAUAGUAAAGAAAUGAAUAAAAAAA